AUGGAAGAGUUUGAGUUUGAAGAGGUUGUAAAAGCAACAGAAAACUUCAACCCCAGAAGGAUCAUAGGGAAAGGAAGCCAUGGCAUGGUGUACAAAGGCGUUGUUCGAUUCAAAGAUAACAACAGGUUGGUCGCUGUAAAGAAGCCAUCACAAGGCCUUCAAUCUCUUCACGACAACUCCAAACUCGAAAACGAAAUCCGAGUGCUGUCCUCUCUACGCGAAAACCCUCACGUGGUUAAUCUUUUAGGAACGACGAGAGGUGAUGAUCGCGAGAAUAACAAGGUCAUUGUGAUGGAGUUCAUGCCCAAUGGUUCUCUCCAUGACUUGCUUCAUGCCAAUGAAACCCCACCUACGUGGCCUAAACGCGUUGAAAUCGCCAUGCAAGUCGCUCGUGCGGUGCAGUUUCUUCACGAAGGUAAGCCUGCGGUGAUUCACAGAGACAUUAAACCCUCCAACAUAUUGUUUGAUUCACAUUGGAAUGCGAAGUUGGCAGAUUUUGGACUCGCGGUGAAAGGGGUUGACCCAGUGAGUCAACCCGCCGGGACCAUAGGGUACUUGGACCCGUGUUACACCACCCCAGAUAAACUCAGCGCCAAAAACGACAUUUUCAGCUUUGGGGUUGUGUUGUUGGAGAUCAUAAGUGGUAGAAAGGCCAUUGAUGUGUGCAAAACGCCGGCUUCAGUUGUGGAAUGGGCGAUUCAAUUAAUGGCGGAACAACUUUUGAAAGAGAUUUGUGACUCAAGAAUGGCACUGCCACGUUACAUGGUUGGAACAAUCACUCCCAUGUUACGCUAUGCUAUACGUUGCGUCUCUGAAAACGAAGAUGAACGACCUUCGGCCACUGAAAUUGUUAUGGAAAUGGAAAAUUGGUUAGUGAAACGUAUUAAGUUUCCGAUUUGGAAGUGUCUUUUGAACGGGUUAGUUCGGUUGAAAAGGAAGAAAUCGAUGAAGAGUAUUGUUUGGCAAACUAAGACACGGAUUCGGUGUAUAACUGAUGAUGAAGAGGACGAGGAUGACAGUGUUGGCGUUGGUGGUGUCCCAAGCGGGAAGAUAUCCAUGACCAUAAGGGAGGUUUUAGCUGAUGUUACAUUGGAGUAA